AUGAAAGCCUAUUUACUUGCAAUCUCUUUCCUCGUCGGUAGCUGUUUGGCGGUGACUCCCGAAGCGGUUUAUGGAGGUGGCUUCGAUCAUGAUAAAAAUGACACCAUUAAGCUGCUUAUUGCCAAUGGAGGUGCAGGCCAAAGCGGGUUGAUCAAGGAGCUCGCGAAUGCAUACAUCAAAAGCCGCGUUGGAGACGGCGAGAAACCAUUCCAGGUGGGAUGGAUCAAGAGCGACACGACGUACAGCAUUCAGUAUCUCAAGACGGGUGAGGCUGAUGUCGGCAUCACGUACAACCCAGCCGCGGAAGAGAUUGCCAUCAAACAAGGCAUCGCCAAAAGUCCAAGCCACUACGCUUUUCGAGACCACUUCCUUCUCGUCGGGCCUAAGGAUAAUCCAGCAAACAUCUCCAAAAGUGAUGACAUAAUGACCACAUUCGUAAAUCUCCAUGAAGCGGCUGAAGGCCCUGCUACUGAACCUCCUGUUAGGUUCCUAAGCUGCUAUGACAAGUCUGCUACCAACAUCAAAGAGACGUUGCUAUGGGCCGGCAUAGGUCAAGUUCCUUGGGCGACCGCCUACUCAACAUGGUAUCACCAAUACAUUGCCUUCCCGAUCCAAGCUUUAACAGCUGCGAUUAUCCUCCAAGAGUACACCAUCACCGACCGGGGCACCAUCUUGUCCCUAGACGCAGACCUCAGAAACCAGACUGUUAUUUACAAAGCAGGGACUGAUAGCGCGGAUGACCCAUUGCUGAAUCCCGCCCAUGCGUUAAUUAGUGAACAAGCACCCAAUGGUAAAGAAGCAGCCGAAUUUAUCAAGUGGCUUGUUAGCGACAAGGGACAGAACGUAAUUGCAGGGUUCAAGAAGGAUGGGCAGGUUCUGUAUUCCAAAGCACCGUGA